AUGGCUGGCAGUCCCGGACAUACGCACAACAGUCCCCCACCUAUGGUUUUUCCACCCAUACCAGAAAGAGCAAUCCCGCACUUGAAACCAUUAUAUGUUAACGCUCACAUCUGUAGUAAGCCGAUUAACAAGGUUUUUAUUGACAAUGGAGCUAUCUUCAACGUUAUGCCUCUCAAAACCUUGAAGAAAUUGGGGAAAGGAGUUGGUGAUCUGUCUCCAGUUGAUAUCGAGAUGACAAGCUUCACAGGGCAGCCAACGAAACCAGAGGGGAUGAUGGUGGCCCCUAUUGAGGUGGGACUGAAGGUGAUUUCAACUUUGUUCUUUGUGGUGGAUGCUAACACCACUUACUCGGUCCUGUUGGGGCGAGCUUGGAUUCACGCUUUCAAGUACGUGCCCUCUUCUCUCCAUCAACAGAUCAUGUUCUGGAAAGGGAAUCAAGUGUUCAAAAUGGAUGCCAGCACUAAUCCGUUCGGCUCCACAGAGAUGGUGGAAGAAUCCGUACUUUAUUCUGAGUAUGUACCUCCGAUCUCACAGACAGCUGUGGUAGAUGAGUAUCCCUAG